GGUGCAUACCAGACCUCGACACAGAUCACUGAAGUCCACGCCACGAUAAACUUCCCACACGUCGCCCUUCCCAAAGGUGGCAAAGACGAAAUCGAAUACGGCGGCUCCGCAUGGGUCGGCAUCGAUGGCGCUUCAUGCCAAACGACCAUUCUCCAGACCGGAAUCGACUGGAUCAUCAAGGGCGGCAAGCCCCGCUACACCGCCUGGUUCGAAUGGCUCCCGCACUACUCGACGCAAUUCGAGAACAUCGACGUGCGGCCGGGCGACAACAUCACGAUGAAGGUGGCCGUGGACCUCGGGACCAACGGCACAGCAGGGACCGCGUGGAUCACCAACGAGACGAACGGCGACAAGGUCGUGCACCACUUCGACGGGCCCGAGGUCGGCUUGUGCGAGACCAAUGCCGAGUGGAUCGUGGAGGACUUCUUGGCGAGCGGCGGGUUGGAGCCGUUCGCGUGGUUUGAGGACGUCACGUUUGUGGAUGCGGCGUAUACGCAUGCCGGGCUGCAGAAGAAGGUCGAUGGGUUGAUGGGGUCGACGAUGAUUGAGUUGGUGCAGGAUGGGGAGAGCAAGUCGGUUUGUCGGAUUGUUGAUGACAAUACUCUGACUUGUGGGUACCCUGACAAGAAGAAGUGA